UCAAGUUCAGCAGGCGGAAUAUCUUGUACGUCGUCAUCAUGAGGUGCUUCUCUCGGCCAUGAUCCUUGUUAUCUCCCAGUUGAGCGAUCUGAAAACUUGUUCCUGGCCAUGAAGGGCAGAGACAAUUUUAGACUUCCAGUUGGCUACCCCAUGUUUCCCUUCGACGGUAGCGUGCAGAGAUGAUGUAGAUCCCCAUAUUCCAGCUUCAAUGCGCGUCGAUCAAGAGCGGAGGGCGGCACUGCCCCAGGGUGGAGUGGAGCAACCGUUGGUGAUAUGCAGAUCAUUAAGGAGUGCAAGAACGCGGCCGCGAGCUGCAAGAGGUGCAUACCCUAGGGUAUUCGGGCAAGUGGCUAGAGGAGGCAGUGAUAGAACUUCGAAGGCAACGUGUUGCGUCACAGUCACGAUAAAGAAUCAACUGACCGGGUUCGAGGGUUUACAGCGCAGAGGGGAGACGCCGGAUAACCUGAUAUUCUUUGCGCGGCCAUGUUACUACGGUAUUAUAUCUGAUGCAUGGAUUGCUCGCCGCGAACAAGAUGGAACACUUGAGGCUGGAGAAGUGACGUCGUUGCCAGGUACUUUGGAGCACUGCAUAAGUACGACCCAUUUCCAAAAGCUUGUUUUCACGUCCUGCCCUCAGAGAAGCGAGGGCCGGGUCCUAGGCCGUGGCCUAGGAGAAUAAACGCGUGUUACCAAUCAGCUGAAGGGGUGAAGAUGUGGCAAGGUGCGGCAUCAGGGACGUCCCUUGCGGGAGGGACAUGGGCUACAGCGGUUCCUCUUUCUUGCUUUUGCAGUCAGCAUUCCUUAUUAGAACCUCCAAUUAUCUCGGGAGUGGCGAAUAUAAUCGCAUUGCCACGGCUGCGCCGUUGAAUAUCGAGAGGCGGUGCAGAUGCCGAUCGCAACGGCGAGUAGUCCUGGCGAAUGAUGAAUAGAACGAGGGCCAAGGACUGGACGUUUAUUACGCAGAAUCUAAGUAGACGGACUAAAAGAGCAUUGAUAUAGUCCAGGGGUGUAUUAUAUUGUCUUGACUGACAUCGGCAGCG